AUGGGACGUGCCGAGACAAAGAUUAUGCUGGCCUCGCCCGGCCCAGUCAGCCCGGGAGUUGCACCACGGGGUGGAAUCGUUAGCACUCUGUCAGAAGUCGAGGAUUGCUAUGAAAAAAGUCGAAUGAGUUCUUGGUUACCAGCUACUUUGGGACCGAUCUAUAAGAUGCUUGUAAGCUGUCUUUCACUUCAGCGAACCCUGAUGACUAUUUGAUUUCAGGCGGGAGCAGCAGAAGAGUUCGAAGACGCACAGAAAAAGCAGUUGGAAAAAUGA